UGAGACGAAGUAGUUCUGGUUCUAUUGCUUAUAUUCGGCUUCAUUCGGAACAUGGCUGUGCUACUGCUUCUUGCUCUAGCAAUGCAGUUUCUUGGGUGCGCUCUUGCUGCUAAGAGACAAAAUAUAUACGCAACGGUGCAAUUGAACUGCGCCGAGCCGGAGAGGACGAAAACUACGCUAAUGAACACCAGCAUGCCGUUCUCCUCGGCCAUUGUGUGGGCAACACAGAGGCGCAAUCGAAGAGGCAGGGACACGUGUGAAUACGAGCUCGUUGGAUCCGGAGGCACGGGACUCAUUGUUACCAUCGAAGAAAUGAACCUGCGUCAAGGCCAGUUCAACAAGUCUUGCAUUGACUUCGUGCGCACGAAAACAAGGUACCUCACUGAAGACGAGGAACAGUGUGGAGAGAUAACAAAGAAGAACCCCAUCCACUGGACAACCAGCUAUACGCUUUCCAUUCAGCUCUACACUAAAACUCCAAUUUCAUAUUUUGUGGACGGCAACAUUUUGCGCAUCAUCGUUACAAGCUAUGCCGAAGCCGAAGAAGGGACAUGCGGCCCAUCUCAGUUCCUCUGUGACAACAACCGGUGCAUCUUCUCCGGAUAUCAAUGCGACGGCAACAAUAACUGUGGUGACAACAGUGACGAAACCUACUUUGGGACUUCAGCGUGCAUGAUGCCUAAGAGCUCGCUGAUCCUGUUCUCUCUGGCUGUGAUCAACUUCGUGGUGACCUGGUGUUCGGUCUUCUAUUGUUGCGUGCGCAGUGCUGUGUCGAAGAGGAAGGCGUUCCAGGACGACCGGUGGGGAAUGGCGACACCGCCGAUAACGCAGGCAAUGCAGGGAGCCGACGGCCAUGAUUUCUCCGUGGAGGGCUACGAGGCUCCCGAGAUGGGCGAGCUCUUAGCCACGGGGCCGCUACAAACUGACGUGCGCAGUCACACGGAGGGGGAUAUUCCAUUCAGAAGCCCUCUCGUGGGUGCAAAGUCUCCCGAGCAGGCGGUGGAAGAAACCAUGCACCCUCAGUGAUUGUCCUGCCGACGAAAGCUAUACAAACCGCAUGCAGCAUAUUAAUUCGAUGUUUGGUUUCUUUUGGACGUUGAUUAUGUUGCGUAAUGACAUUAUAUCGAGUCUGUUAUCGCA